AUGUCUUCAUUUUCCAAACCCGAAGAUGACGAGCCCAACUCCUCUGGCUAUGAAGGCGACAUCAGCGACGGCAGUUCUGUAAAUGGCCACGGCGAUGAGUCCUCAACCACCUACGAGUCCACAGACGAGGAAACUGGCCACAACGACGAGCCCAACUCUGAUGCACGCUGGUUUGGCUAUAGCCAGCCUGAUUCUGCCUCUGAAGAUGUUGUCGACGCCCUCGCUGAGGGUGAAAAUGAAGACGACUCUCGGUACGGGAUCAUCUGGAUUGGAUGCUCUCUGCGGGACAUGGGAUUGAGCGACUAUCAAGCUGUGAUUAAUGCUACAUACACUGCUGAUAUCGCGCACAUUGAGAACAUCACGCUGUUGGACGGUGUGACGGCGCCAAGUGAGGAUGAGAAUGAGGAUGAUGUGGACAUUGAGCCGGCGGGAAGGAACAGGACGUAGAGCAUACCUCGUCCGGCUCUUGACCGUCGUCCCCAAAUUCCACGGCCUUUGCUACCUUAUCGAUGUAUUCCCAGAAACCGUAUCCUUCUUCUUGCCAUGUCGACCCGCGAAACUGCCUUUCCAGGUACCGAAUAACCAUGCAAACAACCUGAAGGCCGGCCUAUCGCGCCGUCAGCGGAUGAUACAAGCUCUGUUGCAAACGAGAGUAAAAUCAAAAAAAAAGAGAACUUACCCAGAACCAUAUAUGGUCUCUCCCAGAGUCGCACGCACAAAUCUCCAGAUAUGAGCCAGAUGAUGAAAGAUAAUGACAAUCUGCCAGACGAUAGCAACCACAAUGGUAAUAAAGACGAUUAGUGCACGAGAUCUCUGCCGAAUGAGGGCGCGAGUCAAUGGCGGUCCUGUUCUCCUCGGUCUUGGUCUCUGGCCUCGGCGCCCUAGUAGCCGUGCCAUGAUGUUUGGCGAGGGAGUAGGUUGUAUGCCCCUAGUUCUGGACUUUCGCUUGGUUCCCCUUUUAUGCUUCGUCUUUUUCCAUUGCGGCAUUGGGUGUGGUAGUUGAAGUGGAGGGUCACUUAGGGUUUUUGGGUUUGGAUGGUAUGCAGUUGAGGCUUGAUUAGAUACGUGUUGUUCAGGAAAGAGCAAUGGAGGCAAAGCUUGGAGGGAGAGAAGAGUUAAAGAAGAAGUUCUCAAGUCUCUGGUUUUUAUUUGUGGGAGUGAGGAUAAUGCGACAGUUAUUGUGUUCAUCUAUUCACCUUUUCUCGGCGUCGCCCUCUAUAUUA